ACGUGAUUUGCCGGCGAGUGGAGCGUAGGGCCCCUGGCCACAAUCUGUCCGGUCCGGUCUGCUGCGUUACGUGGGAAGCGCCGGGGCCGCUGCUGGGAGGGGUCUUAGGAGAGAUCGUAGGACAUCUUUUGAAGAGCUGCCAUGUCUAGAAAUCCUGCAUCUUCCUCAGAACAGAACAACAACAGCUAUCAAACCAAAACCUCAAAUCUUCGAACGUCAGAGAAGAAAUGUUCAUGGGCGUCCUAUAUGACCAACUCCCCGACUCUCAUCGUUAUGAUUGGUUUGCCAGCCCGGGGUAAAACCUAUGUGUCCAAGAAACUAACACGCUACCUCAACUGGAUUGGAGUGCCCACCAAAGUGUUUAACCUUGGGGUGUAUCGGCGUCAAGCAGUCAAGUCCUAUAAGUCCUACGACUUCUUUCGGCACGACAAUGAGGAGGCCAUGAAGAUCCGCAAACAGUGUGCUCUGGUGGCGCUGGAGGAUGUCAAGGCGUAUCUCACUGAGGAGAGUGGGCAGAUCGCGGUGUUUGAUGCCACCAAUACCACCCGGGAGAGGAGGGACAUGAUUUUGAACUUUGCCAAGGAGAAUUCCUUCAAGGUAUUCUUUGUGGAAUCUGUCUGUGAUGAUCCUGAUGUCAUUGCUGCCAAUAUCCUGGAAGUAAAGGUGUCGAGCCCUGACUACCCUGAGCGGAACCGGGAGAAUGUGAUGGAGGACUUCCUGAAGAGAAUCGAGUGCUACAAAGUCACCUACCGACCCCUUGACCCAGACAACUAUGACAAGGAUCUUUCUUUCAUCAAGGUGAUAAAUGUGGGCCAGCGAUUUUUAGUCAACAGAGUCCAGGACUACAUCCAGAGCAAGAUAGUCUACUACCUCAUGAACAUUCACGUCCAGCCUCGCACCAUUUACCUUUGCCGGCACGGAGAGAGCGAGUUCAAUCUCUUGGGGAAGAUUGGGGGUGACUCUGGCCUCUCAGUGCGUGGAAAGCAGUUUUCCCACGCUCUAAGGAAGUUUCUGGAGGAACAGGAGAUAGCAGACCUCAAAGUGUGGACGAGCCAGUUGAAGAGGACUAUCCAGACUGCAGAGUCUCUUGGGGUGACCUAUGAGCAGUGGAAGAUUCUGAAUGAGAUUGAUGCUGGCGUGUGUGAGGAGAUGACCUAUGCAGAAAUAGAAAAGCAGUAUCCAGAAGAAUUUGCUCUUCGAGAUCAAGACAAGUAUCUGUAUCGGUAUCCUGGUGGGGAGUCGUACCAGGACCUGGUGCAGCGGCUGGAGCCCGUCAUCAUGGAGCUGGAGCGUCAGGGCAACGUCCUCGUCAUCUCCCACCAGGCUGUCAUGCGCUGCCUCCUGGCCUACUUCUUGGAUAAAGGCGCAGAUGAGCUACCGUACUUGAGAUGCCCGCUUCAUACCAUCUUCAAACUUACUCCUGUGGCCUACGGGUGCAAAGUGGAAACCAUUAAACUCAACGUGGAGGCUGUGAACACUCACCGUGACAAGCCAACUAACAACUGCCCCAAGAACCAAACCCCUGUAAGGAUGAGAAGGAACAGCUUUACGCCUCUGUCCAGUUCGAAUACAAUAAGGCGUCCAAGAAAUUACAGUGUUGGGAGCCGGCCCCUCGAGCCCCUCAGCCCUCUCCGUGCUCCGGACAUGCAAGAAGGGGCUGACUAGCCGAAGACCCAAGUCAGCAUUCCAGUGGUGUAACCGUGUGUUUCCCUCCUGCCCUUGUCACUAAUAACCAAGGAGUCAUUCAACUUCCUCCCUCAACCCCCACCUCCGACACCUCACCGUUAAUCAUGACACAGAACCUGAGAUCAUGUAUUUGCAGACCAACUUUAGCUAGUCUUCAGUUUGAAACAUCUCCGUGCUUGGGGGCAAGUUGGCAAGUUGAGUCUUUUAGGACAAGUCUGGAGGAAGAGGGAAAGGAUACUCUCCCCUGGGGCUAAGCAUGCCCCAUACACUUGGUUCUUCUCUGUUCCCUAGUGUCUGAACUCACUAAUGUCCUCGUGUGGGUGAAGUGGUGGUGGGGUGUGGGAGGGGUACACAAAAGCCCAAUUUUUCUUCACCUUUGUCUCUUUGAUGUGUGUUUUCCUCACAGUCCUUACUUGACUGCUUUCUUCCCCCUCUUUCAUCUCCCCUUCGGAUUGUCCAGUGUAAUGCAUGGCAUUGGGGUGUCUGUCUAGGAAGGAAGGGGAUGGUUGGCGAGAGAGAAGUCUGGCCCAGUGGAUGCUUUCUCCAGUGGGCCUAAAUGGAUCUGGCCUGGGGGAGUCUUUCUUUUUCCUUCUCCCUUCCUCUCCAGCCAGGUCCUGCAAGGGCCAGCCCAGGCUACAGAACAUCCACAGAGUAAUCGGGAGCUUGCAAGUGGACAUAGGGUGAGAAAUUUUGCCUCCUUUCCUGAGAAACAAUCCUAAGUCUUCGAUGCCUUGGGGGAAGCUGGCUCUGAGGAUGUGGGAAGUAUCUUGGUUUGUGUUUUCAACUUGAAGAGCCAGGCAUAGGUCUUUUGGUAUCUGCGGAGUAGGGUUUAGAAGAGUAGGGUGGUCUCUAGCUCUUGUAGGGCUCUCGUAGGGCAGUGAUGUCUUUUCUCCAGUGGUUCCCAGGUUCUCUGUCAAUCUCAGCAACUUUCCUGCCAAAGCCAGUUCCUGUGGGGCUGUUUAGGAUGGAGUCAGAUUCGGGAGUCACCACUCAUGUUUGAAUUGCUCAAGGAAAAAGGCAGAGAAGAGUUCACUCAUGCCGCUUUU